UAUAUGAUAUUUGAAAUGUAUAAAAGACCAUUGAUAGAUUUAGAAAAGUUUUAACCUUCGAUCGUCAAGCUGCAAACAUGACGUUAAUCAAAACGUUCUGGUUACUUCUCGUUCCGUUUCUCUCCGUCCUCGUUUUAACGGAAGGUAUUUUUUUCCGAAAAGAAAUCAGACAUGCUGGUGGUCUUCUAUCGGAGAUGGCCGAACCGUUCGCAGCAUCACAAGUUCACUUCUUACUCUGGACAAGACGAAAUUCGUUUCUAUUUCAAGAACUCUUUAUCAACGAUGUAAAUGCCCUAGCUGCUUCUUCUUAUGUUAAGACAAAUCCUACCAAAAUUUAUGUCCAUGGUUUUACUGAAAAUGGGCAAGGUGAUCUUAGUUUCAGGUUACGCAAUCGUUUCCUCGAAAAAGAAGAUAUUAAUUUUUUCGCAGUCGAGUGGGCAUCCUUGGCUGCAGGUCCCGACUAUCCUAGAGCAGCGGCAAACACUAGGCUGGUAGGAUUACUCACGGGUAAUUUUGUGAACUUCCUGGUUUCACAGGGCACUGAUCUUAUCAAGUUGCACUUGAUUGGUUUCAGUAUGGGGGCGCAUGUGGUUGGACUGGCUGGACAUAUCGCCAACGGUGUACUACCUAGAAUAACAGGUUUGGAUCCAGCCUUCCCUCACUUUGAUUUCACUAACCCAGACGAGGUUCUAGAGAAAACAGAUGCCCAGUUUGUUGAUGUUAUCCAUACAAAUGCUGGCAAGUUGGAAAAUGGCAAAAUAGGCGUCGAUUUUGCCAUCGGACACGUCGAUUUUUGGCCCAAUGGUGGAUCUUCUCAACCUGGCUGUAUAGAAAUCCCCAACAGCGCUGGAAUCUCAAGUAUUAUGAACCUGUUUCUUGGAGGUAUCUGCAGUCAUAGGCGAGCAGUGGAAUAUUUUAUGGAAUCCCUUGAUGUUCCGUUCAUCGCCACCCGGUGCAAUUCUUACGACGAAUUCAAGCUUGGCUCAUGCACCAACAAUUUCAAAACUUUUCUGGGUGUUCCAGUCUCAACAUCAGCCGCAGGAAAUUUCUUCCUCGAUACCAACGCACCUCUCACAGUCCAGCAAAAGAACAGCUUUCAAUCAAUAUUUAGAACAACGUAAAGAAAGAUAUUUUCGAAUUGUGAAAGCAAUGUCUUUAAAACUUCAAUUCUCACUAGUAAAAGAAAAUUACAUGGUCUGACCGACAAUUGAAUGUGAAUGAAAAACCGUUUCGAUUGAUUGAAUUAAUUUAGCCUGCACCAAAUAGAAUUUACAAUCGAUUUCGCUUAUGCUCCGUUUAUUAAAUACCCACCGAGUUACCGUACAUAUUUCAUCCAAGGACUACUGGAUUAACAAAUGCCAAGUGUGCUUUUAUAUCUACAGUACUCAAAACAUUGACUGAAAUUUUCAUCUCCUCAUUUAGAUCGCGAGAGAAAAUCGGAAGCUUGACUGUCAUCGCCAACAUGAAUCCAAUAGAGUCGAAUUUCUCUGAAAGCUUUCCAA